UUCUCUCUCUCCGCAAGAGGGGAGAACGGAAAAAUAAUCUCAUUUUUCUCAUAAAAUUUUUAAAGGGUUUGUUCUCAACCUCCCACAUCAUCCAUAUAUCUCAUCUGAAUCUCUCCAUCGACUAGUCCCUUUCUAUGAUUUCUCCGCUCCAUAUGAAUUGCGAAUCCCAUCUUCUUUUGGUUUUUAAUUGUUCCUGAUCCCAUUCACUUUGGUUUUUUCAAAUCUUGCGGUGGAGUUUUGAAUCAAUUGGGGGAGAUCUUGCAGAAUUUUGAAUUGGUUGCGAAAAGAUAAUGGCAUCAGCAGUGGCGGUAGCAUUCAACAGGAUUGAAAGAGCACAUCAACUCUACAGAGACGGACGACACGAUGAGGCCCUAGCGUUCUACACUGAAGCGCUUGCGAUGGCAAAGACAAAAGCACAGAAGAUUGCGCUCCACAGCAACCGGGCAGCGUGCUAUUUGAAAUUGCAUGAUUUUAAGAAGGCAGCAGAAGAAUGUACAUCAGUGCUUGAGCUGGAUCACAAUCACACUGGAGCCUUGAUGCUGCGUGCACAGACUCUGGUCACCCUUAAGGAAUAUCAAUCAGCACUCUUCGAUGUCAAUAGGCUUAUAGAGCUGAACCCGUCUUCUGAUGUGUACCAUAACCUGCAAGCUCGACUGAAGACACAAUUGUCACUCACUCCCAUACCCGAAUCUGAAGAAGAAGCAUUCGAAGCCGAGCUUGAAGAAGCACUGGAAGCUGAGCUUGAAGAAGAAGCAAUGGAAUCUGAGCUUGAAGAUGAAGAAUCAAUGAAGGCUGAGCUUAAAGAAAAAACAAUGGAAGCUGAUGAUCAACAAGAGAAUGCCGUAGGUGCAGUAGUAAUCUCUGAUCGGAAAGCUGAGACUCCAAGCAAUAAUUCCAAACUCUCCGUAACGCAGGCUGAGAGCCUCAAGGACACUGAUUUACAUCCCAAAGGAUGGGAAGCAAUCCCAAAACCGAAAGGUCAUUCAGGGCUGGACUACUCACGGUGGGACCAGGUUGAAGAUGAUUCAAGUGAAGAAGACGAAGCGGAAGAUGUGCAACCUCAGUAUCGGUUCCGUGUCAGGACCGUUGGGGUGCGGCCUGUGAAAUGAGGGUCCCAGUUGGUGGUAAUUAAAAUUUAACUGGAAUAUAUAAGGUCAGCUUCAUAUGAUAUGAGUGUAUGCAUGGAAGUUAUUGGAAAUGUCCACAGUGAUGCCAUCAAAAGCUGAUAAGCUUCUGCAUCCGUAAGUACUGGAAGGCUCAAUCACCAUCGUGCCUAUCAUUGUCGAUGGAGAAAAAGAACUCAUAUUUAUUGUGAUAACUGAGUCAGGGAAGCUGAUAACCCUCAUUAAGGAUAGUUCCUCGUGUGUGGCAAUGUCAGUAUCUUCAUCAUUGUCGCUUUCCGCCCCUCCGGCCCCAUCAUCACUAAUAUUGGAGAGCUCAGGCCUUCAAAUGAAGAAUUGGGAUCUUCCAAUGUGGAACAUUUCUGAGGACUCUUCAUCAAUGGGGAAUUAGAUCAAUGGUUCGGACCAGCAGACCAUGGGCUCCACAUGUCCAGUACAUUAGCAAACUGUCUUUGUGGAUGAGCAGAGCCCUGAAUUCAUGGACAAAUGGUAUGUGAUGUAGUAAUUUGCAGCUGCGAAUGCUUCUGUCAUAGUUUGGAGAGCUGGACCUGUUUAAAAGAGGCACUCUUGUAACACCUGUUAAAACAGAGAGAGGCACACUUGGGACCAACUUUAUAUAUAGCCUUGAAUUUAAAUCUCGAACCAGACUAAAGAAUUGAAGACUUCAUGGUAGUUUUCUUCCUGUCUGAUGACAGUAUUUGAUUUGAAGAUACAUGUGCUCCCUCAGCUAUAUCAUGUGGGAUACCAAAUUCUGCACAGGUAUGACAAUUAUCUGACAUGGACAGUUACAUUUUUUUUUUUUUUUGAAAUAUCGAAAGCAGUUAUUGGACUUGUUUUAAUGUCCCUGAGGUAAUAUGGUGGUGUCAAAGGUCAGGAUCUCUUAUUUUGUAUUAAUCUGCAUUUUGUAUAGUUUGGAGAGAAUAUGAUUCAUUGAUGAUUUGGAUUUUGUGAUGA